GGAGGAGGAGGAGGGAAGGGAGCAGGCAGGACUGAGGAGUUUGCUGCUCACAAAAGACUGAAAACAUUCAGGACGGAACUCACUGUGGCUUUUUAGAGGAUGAAACUAAGCCGAGAGACGUUCCUAAACGAGCAAGGACAAAGAAAGGACUUUUGACUCAUUUUCUGUGUUUUUCUACUCAUUUUGGAAAAUAUACAUUUUUGCCUGAGAAGAAGAAAAAAUCAUCCAAAUCUCAUCACUCCACCGGGAUGUUCUGAAGGAUAACUUGAAAAGCAGGUCCAUGAGAGGAUGGCUGCUGURCCUCUGCCUGGCUGAGCAGCUGCACUCCUCAGUUCUGUGACGCCCUCUGCUGUGUGGCCGAGGAAAGGUCGGGGUGGGCCAAGGCCAGGCAGGCAGCAUGGAGAACAUCCUGGAGGCCGGGAUGAACGAGGUCAUCGUCAGGCACUACAACCACUCUGGAAAGUGGGACCGCCCUCGCAGCGGCGGGGCCUGCAAGAUGGCCCUGCUGCUCCUCAUCUGCGUGCUGAUCGUCCUGGAGAACAUCACCGUUCUGCUGGCUCUGUGGAGGAACAAGCGCUUCCACAGCCGCAUGUACUUUCUCAUCGGGAACCUGGCGCUGUCGGACCUCCUGACUGGCGUGGCUUACGUGGUCAACAUCUUCACCUCGGGACGCAACACCUUCUUCCUGACGCCGAUGCAGUGGCUGGCCAGAGAGGGGAGCGUGUUCAUGGCCCUCAGCGCCUCCAUCUUCAGCCUCCUGGCCAUCGGCAUCGAGAGGCACAUGACGAUGGUGCGCCUGCGUCCCUGCGAGACGGCCGGUCGAGGUCGGCUUCUCGCCCUGCUGGCGGCCUGCUGGUUUGURUCGGUGAUGCUCAGCGCCCUGCCCAGCCUCGGCUGGAACUGCCUGAAUAAUCUGAACUCCUGCUCCACGGUGCUGCCGCUUUAUGCCAAAAGUUACGUCGCCUUCUGCAUCAGUGUUUUCAGUGCCCUGCUGGUCGCCAUCGUCAUCCUGUACAUCAGGAUCUACCGUCUGGUGACCUCGAGUGGCCGCAGGGUGAGCAGCAGGCCCUCGGAGCGCUCGCUGGCCCUGCUCCGGACGGUGGUGAUUGUUCUUGGGGUGUUUGUCGUGUGCUGGUCCCCCCUGUUCCUCCUGCUCCUGAUGGAUGUUGGCUGCAGCCCCGGCAGGUGCCCGGUCCUCUACCAGGUGGACUUGUUCAUUGCCCUGGCAGUCCUGAACUCUGCCCUCAACCCUCUGAUAUACACCCUGUCCAGCAGAGAGAUGAGGAAUGCCUUCUUCCGGUUGCUGUGCUCCUGUCAGACGGGCACGGACAGCUCCGGGGCGGUUGCAGGGGGAAACCCCCAACUGGGCACAGUCAUCCCCACCGUGGAGAACAGCAAGACCAGUUUGGGCGGAGGCGGAGAGAGCGGUCUGGUUAAAUCCACGMUGAAGCUUCCCCCGGCUGUGAACUCUGACCCCUCUGCCACGGCCGUGCCUCACCCCUCUGGGCCUGCGGAUCUGCUCUCAGCGGUGCUGGUGAAGGCGGGGACUCUGCCACAACUCAGCAAGUUCUGAGUGGAAGCAACUGAACCAAACCAGACACAUUAUCCUACUAUCAGCCACUUUGUUUUUGUUUGUGCACUACAAAUACCCCACAUAGCACACAGGUGUGGGCCAGGUCUAGAGUCAAACUGGCCCUGCUGGCAAGGAAAGCAGUUUGACAAUCGGAUGUGGGCCAGGUCUGGCAAUGACGGCGCUGUUUUACGAUGGCAUGCCACAACUGGCCCGGUUGUGGUUCGRUUUGUGUGGUGUUGGCCCAUGCACGGACCACCUCUGACAAACUGCAUCUGGGCCACCAAAGGAUUGUCAUUCUUUACGCUAUCUGGGCUGUGUUACUGCUCAGGUAUGGAAAUGUGGGCCAGAACUGGGYCAGACCCAUUUUGCUAUGUGGGAUCGCAUAGAGAACUAAUUUGGAACCAAACCAGUUCAGAUUUUAGAUCUGAGGCUACUCGAUCCCCUAAAAGCCACUAAUCAGCUUGAUCUUUARGAGAAGUUUCAACACUACAGUCAAGUGAAAUGUGCGCCACAACCCCAGGUUUGAGUUGGGAUGUUCAGAAAGUUGGGAUGCUAUUAUAUAGUUUUCAAAUAUCUCAAAGUUGACUUUAAAAUUUUAUUUACAAUGGAACAUGUAGUGUUAAACAUAUGAAAUGCUGAAACUAAGAAAUUGUUUUGGCAGCAACACUUCCCAAGACAGAUGAACUGUGUUUACAUGGUGUUGAUAACAUAAUCAGAUUUGUUCAUAUGCAGUGAGGGUGGCACGGUGGUUCAGUUGGUAGAGCUGUUGCCUCUCAAAAAGGUCACCGGAUUGAAUCCCGGCCGGGUACCUUCCAGGGCAGAGUGGGUUUCCUCCCACAGACCAAAAACAUGACUAUUAGACUAACUGAUAACUCUAAAUUGUCCCUAGGUGUGCGUAAAGAGUGGUUGGUUGUCUCUGUGUGUUCCUGUGAUGAACUUGCAACCUGUCCAGGGUGUACCCUGCCCCUCAUACAGUGACUGCUGGAUAUCAAUACUAGAGACCCCCAUGACCCUGAAAGGAAGAAGCUGAUGAAAAGAUAAUGGAUGGAUGCCAUGCCAGCUAAAGGUCUAAAAUUCACAGAUAUCAAAUUUCAAUCUUGAUCUUUUGGACACAGAAAUGUCACCCAAUAAUCAAAAUCUUUCAAUAAUAUUGUGACAAUUGACACUUUUCUACUGCUCAUCUUUAUGUCUGAGAGAUUCAACCUCUGUAAAAUGCUUCUUUUAUUCCCAGUCCUCUAUAGACAURGCUCCCACAUUUUUUAGCUUUUACCCCCAAAAUAACAGUAUCAGAGACCUGUGCCCCCAAACACUGCAAAUAAGCAGGUCAAAUAAACAUGGGUAACAUUUCAUUUAGCUAAUUUCAUCCGUUUUACAGUACACUAACUAUGAUUCUUUGUAACAGCUGAGGCAAAAAAAAAUGUUAGCUGUCAUUUUUUAAUUUUGAAAGUCCUUUCAAGACCCAACUUUGAUG